AUGGCCUCGCCGGUGCAGCCAAAGAAGCCUGUUGGUGGCGCCUACGGUCAGUUCACGAGCGAGAAGCGCGCCGAGUUCCAGAAGGAGCUGGUGGGACAGAAAGCAUCGGAGGUGUCAAAGCUUGCCAGCGAGCGCUGGAAGAAGCUCAGCGAUGCUCAAAAAGCCGUCUACCAGAAGAAGUACGAGGCUGCGAAGGAGAAAUACGAUAAGGACCUGGCGGUCUUUGAGGCGGCCGGGGGCGUGAAGGAGAAGAUCGCUCGCAAGGGCAAAGACGGAAAGGUAAAGAAGGCGAAGGACCCCGACGCCCCGAAGAGGCCAGCGGGCGGUGCCUACGGCAUCUUCCUCGCCGAAAACCGCGACAAGAUCAUCAAGACCCUUCCGAAGGGCUACAAGAUCACCGACAUCAGCAAGGCAGCCGGCGUCCAGUGGAAGGCACUGUCGGAGAAGGAACAGAAGCCUUAUCAGGAGAAGUACCAAAAGAAGAACGCGGAAUACAAGGCUGCCAUGGAAGAGUACAAGAAGCUGCGCGGCAAAGAUGCUCCAGUGGAAGAUGACGAGGAGAAUGCAGAGCCCGCCAAGAAAAAAAUGAAGGGGAAGAAGACUUCCUAG